CUCGACCUAGGGAACUUUUUGGAUUUCUCGCGAGUCGCAGCAGCACCUCGAUCCAGCGCAGCAGCACACCGACGACAAGAUGGCCGGAGCAUUGACAAAGGCGGUAGCCCGCCAAGCACCCAGCUUCAAGCUCGGAACGAAACCAGUCUUCCUGCCGAAUCAUGUCAUCACCCUCAUUCGCAAGGACCGCGCCCCCGCGAACUGGGCGACUUUCAACGUGCCCCUGACCUUCACGAAGUUUGACCUGCGCGACUAUCUCUGGAACCUGUACGACGUCGAGGUGACGGCGGUACGGUCAUGGGUCAAGGAGGCGUCCAUCGAGCGCAAGGGCGCGUCGUCGGGCUACUACCGGCCACAAAGCCAGAAGUUCAUGACUGUGCAGAUGAAAAAGGCAUUUGUGUGGCCCAACCCGCCCGAGGACCUCGAGCCGUGGAACAAGAAGCUGUGGGACGCGCGCGAGGCGACGUCGCAGAAGCAGUACCGUGCGGACGUCGCCCGUCAGCUCGGCAGGCUGGCGUACCCGAGCAAGGAGAAGGAGAGCACCGACCGGAAGAAGCUGCGCCGUGUGGCAUCCCGGAUGGUGGAGGGCAAGAUGACGUUCAAGAACAACAUCAAGUUGGACAGCAAGUGGGACCAGAUCGUCAAGGCGGCCAAGGGGGGGGAAAGAAAGUCAUCAUGAGGCGGAGCAAGGGCUUGGUGGAGGGGGCGGUUGAUGUGGCAGUUUACGUGUACAAAAGUCGAAGAGAACACUUGGCCGACAUGCGGGCUGCAUGUUUUGUACAACACA